CAGCGUCUCCGGCGUGCACAUCUCGCUGCGUAUUGCCAACGAACAGUAAAGCUUGCGAGAGUGAACUGGGAGGACAGAAAGAGGGAAAGGAGGGAGAGAGAGAAAGGGGAGGGAGAGAGAGAGAGAGCGGAGGGAGGGAACAUAUUUUUGCUUCAAACGAGACGAACUGGCAGCUGAAUAACGCAUCGAGCAAUAGCUUCGAAUCCGUGGAUUUUCAACCCCAUUUACAACCGCUCGUUCGGAUUCAGCCUUAUCCGAGCGAGAAUGGAGCUACCUGCCGCAGGAGAACACGUAUUUGCGGUGGAGAGCAUUGAAAAGAAACGCAUUCGAAAGGGUAGGAUAGAAUACCUGGUGAAGUGGACAGGAUGGUCUCCCAAAUACAACACGUGGGAACCAGAAGAAAACAUCCUUGACCCGCGACUGCUGAUUGCUUUCCAAAACAGGGAGAGACAGGAGCAGCUGAUGGGGUAUCGCAAACGGGGACCCAAGCCCAAACAGCCGUUAGUCCAGGUUCCCUCUUUUGCGCGGAGAUCCAGUGCCCUCUCUGGCUUUCCGGAGGCUCCCCCAGAUGAGGACGGCCCGCCCAGACUGGACCCGGUGGUGGUGCACCGAUGCCAGCCGCAGCACUACCAGCUCAACAGCAAGAAGCACCACCAGUACCAGCCCAGGGGCGGAGAGAGCCCGGCCGACCUGCUGGCCGGCGGCAAGAAGAGGUACUUCUACCAGCUGAACAGCAAGAAGCACCACCACUACCAGCCCGACCCCAAGAUGUACGACGUGCAGUAUCACCGAGCCAGGGAGGUCAGAGGUCACGAGCCUGCCCGUCACGGCCCGGCUCCGCCCCCUGCGGAGACGGGGAGCCCGGGCAAAGCGAGGGACGUCCCCUCCGCCCUGGGGUCCGAGAAGCAGCUGCCCCGCCCCGAGGGGGCGGAGCCAGCGCUCAGCUCCGGCACAGCGGCCCCGCAGACGGCGGCCCUUCCCAGCAGCCUCAGCGGCAAGAUGAAGAUCAUCAAGAACAAGAACAAGAACGGACGCAUCGUCAUCGUCAUGAGCAAGUACAUGGAGGGCGGAGCCCCGGCCGCCAAGGCCAAGAAGGCGGAGCCGGCGGGGGCGGGGCUGCGGAACUCUCCGGAAAGGACUACAGAAGCCCACGCCCAGAAGCCCUGUGCCAGGGAAGGGGACGGCGAGGGGGUGUCGGGAGCCCCCGAAUCGGGGCAGCCCCGCGGGCAGCCCCCCAUGGAGCUGGGGAGGUCGCCGAAGGAGGAGCCCAGCGUUCCGGAGCAGAACAAGACGGAGGAGGCCAUGAGCCUGGCCCAGCCGCCGCAGGACCGCCCCCUCCCGCUCACCACCCGGCCCGACCUGGCCCCCUGGCGCUUCGACGGCCUCGCCCUGUCCCGGCUGGACCAGAGGACGCCCCACCCCGCCUUCGGCCCCGCCCACGGCCCCGCCCACGGCCACGCCCACUCCCGCAAGCGCGGCUCGCCGGCGGCGCCAGAUGAGGAGGAGGAGGAGGAGGAAGGGGGCUGGGCGGGGCGCAAAAGGUUCCCCGCCCCGAGGGGUUUCUUAGCCCCCUGCCCCAUGCGCUCACUGCCCCAGGACAAACCCAUGGACCUCCAGUUGCUCGGCCACGGCAGCCACCUCGGCAACAGCCUGGGUCUGGACUCCGACCCCGACGAGCCUAUUGACCUGAGCUGUGCGAAGCCUAAGGCCAAUGCGACCGCGACCGCGACCGCCACCCCGCCCGCAACCACGACCGUGACUCCGCCCACAACAGCGACCGCGGUCCCAGAGAGCCCGGGCCCACGGGGAGAGGGGUCGGGGUCGGGGUCGGGGUCAGGGUCGGGGGGAGGGGCUCCAGCACAGAGAGAGGAACCACUUUGCACUUUCAGCCCCUUCCUGGGGAACAUCAUCAUCACCGACGUCACCACGAACUGCCUCACCGUCACCUUCAAGGAAUACGUCUCCGUUUGACGGAGACUCACGGACGCCAUGGGGGGAUUUGUACAUGUAACGACUACCUUAAAAGCUGUAUAUAACAUGAAGAAACUGUAGAAUUUAUCAUGAAGAACAAUGUAAUUGUUCCUGAUGUUUUUUUUUUGUUUUUUUUUUUAUGUACGGCAACUGUACCUAAGCAACAAGCACCACCGUGGUUAUUCCCCCCACACAGAGAUUUUCCAUUCAAUGGAUUAACUUUGCCCCGCUUAAAAUUCCUGCUCUGUGUGACGGAACAGCCUCGGCUGUGAUUGGCUGGGAGGACAUACCGGAACCCUAAUGCCUAGAGAGAGUGGGGGGAAAACGUGACCUUUGGAGAUUUUUUUUGUACCCUUCAAACAAACUACAUUUCACUUCUGAUCGCUCACUUCUGAUCGCUCAGCAUGACGGAACGGAGGAGAUGUGUGGGGUUACUACUUCAGGACCCCGAUGAGCCGAAAAAGCUCUGCUACCCUACGAUGCGGACGUGCCCCAUUUUCCUGAUUUGUGGAGAAUUUUCUAUGGCGGUCGUUUACACUUUCUUGCUUUAUAAACGAUGUGAAAUCAAA